UAGAUGCGUUUCCGGUUUGCUGUAAUAUCACAAGGACACAAGGGGAGAGUCACGUGAUUUGUUCGAGGUGUCGUCUGCUUGUUGUACCCAAGGAUUUACCGACAAACAUAACUGUGCUGAAUCUAGGUGACAACAAUCUGAACAUUCUACAGCGAGACUCGUUUCCAAAGCUACCGCUAUUAAAGAGCUUGUAUCUUCACAGGAACCGACUAGUUAGUAUCUUGUCCGGAACAUUCGACAACCUUCGGAAUAUUGAGAAUCUUGAUCUCUCAGACAAUGCACUUGAUCAUUUGUCGUUGGAUUCCACCAUAUUUGAAAGUCUUAAAAACCUUAAACAUUAAAAAUACACAGAAACAACUUUUAUUUGAACAAAGUGUACCCCGUGGCUAUUUCGACAAUAUCUCACCUUGAAAUUCUAUACCUAGAUAUUUUCGCAGGCUUUUCAUUUGAUGAUGAGUUUUUAAACCUGACUCGGCUUCAAAAGAUAUAUCUUUCUGCUACAGGGCCGGGGUUCGUGUCUUUAUUUAAUGCUUCAUUCCAAGGACUAAAGCAGUCAAAUAUAACAGAACUAAGUAUCACUGCAUUUAUCAAGAAUAUCGAAAAAAGUUUUCUAUCUCCAUUUCCCGAACUUACGGCAUUAAAAUUAGAAACCACAUAUCAUCCAAUGACUAUCCAUGAUGCUCUUCAGGGACUGUAUGGGGUUAAAGGAAGAAAAAUGGAUUCAUUGUUACUUAAAGGAUUCCGAGAACGAUUUCCUAAAGGUUCGACUCUGUUGGAAGCGGAUAUGGUUUACCUGGGAUCUAUAUGUGUCAAGAAUCUCUUCUUGGUAGAUGAUGGUAUUGCAGCCAUAGGGACUGAAUGUAUGACAGCCUGGACAACCAAAACAUGUAUUGAGGUAUUAGAUGUUUCGUGGAAUAUGUUCCACAUGCCAAACACGCUUCCUCUGUUGGUACUUUUUUCGUCGCUUACUCAUCUUUACGCUACACACUCUGAUGACAUUUCUGCCGGGAAGAGAAGCAUUUUGGCAUCGAGUGAACCGAUCUUUUUCCUCCCAAGGAAUCUUCUUUAUAUAAACAUGGCUCACAAUAAAAUGUCCGGACCGUUUAUCAAUAUGACCAUAGGAGGACAUAACAGCCUAAAGGUGUUGAAUAUAAGCAAUUCAAACCGGCAUCUACAUUGUUCUUAUGCAAUUAUCAAAAGUCUUGCCCAUUUGAAGGAACUCGACAUGUCCGGUGUCGACUGUUCAUUAAUAAGUCAUAAUAUGUUCUCGGAGCUUCCUAAUAUAUCGCGACUCACUGCAAGACAAUGUGAUCUAAAAAAAGUCAUCGCUUUUAACACCCCCUCAAUAUUCAAAGGGCUUCACAAUCUUUCUUCCGUCGAUAUAUCCUCAAAUGAUCUUGAUAGUCUAAACAUAAGCUUAUUUGCAGAUCAGAAAGAAUCUCUCAACUCUUUAACUCUUUCUAGAAAUUAUUUUGAUCGAAUUCCUACGCAGUUGCUUACGAAGUUAACAGUUCUGGAAAAACUUGAUAUGAGUAAUAACCUCAUAUCGACUUUGAAGGAACCCGAAUAUACUUUAUUGGAAGAAUUGAACACCAAAUCAGGAAAAAUGCAAAUUGCUCUAUUUGGGAAUCCAUUAGUAUGUAGCUGUGAUAAUUUGGACUUUCUUUCGUGGCUAGAAACAACACAGGCUGUAUACAAAAAGCUCGAUCUGAUGUGUUCAACUCCAGAGGGCAACCAAAUGAAGAUCGGAGAAUUCCUUGAUUCGUUUGAUCAGUUCAAGGAAGAUUGUGUUUCUCAAACAUGGCUUAUAAUUUCUAUUACUCUGACCGUGCUUUUCUUUGUGUUGGGUUUACUUUCUCGAGCGGCUUGGCGACGCAGUGUGUGGUUACGAGUGAUGUGUCGUCAACCGGUAAAACAUACAUCAUAUACAAGUGACAUAUAUAUAUGUUAUUGCAACGACGAUUCCGGUUGGGUAGCAAAAACAUUAAUUCCGUGGUUGGACGAGAAAGAAAUUGAAUAUUUGUUUGAAGAUAAAAGCUUUCAGCCUGGCCGAGACAGCGCUGAUAACAUUAUGGACGCUAUAGAUUGUUCACGUCAAACUGUAUUUGUUGUGAGCUGUUCUUUCUUAGAACAGGAAUGGACAACGUUUACUUUGAGAUUAACAAAUGAAUAUUCUUAUCGCGAUGGACGACAGAACAUGAACAUAAUUAUUUUAUUGAACGAUAUAAAAAAGAGCGAGCUUCCAAAACUCGUCCGGAAGAACUGGGAUAUGAUACGUCCUUUACGUUGGCCAAACGAAAAUAAUACACCACCAGAAAAACUAACUGCAUUUCAGGAUCGGUUUUAGGAAAGAUUGGCAAAAUGCAUUCGACGAGGAAAGGACCACUUGAUGCCUACACGUGUGUCAGAGUCCUUCUUAUAAAUGCGUUAUAAUAUUUCGAUUUAAAGAAAUAAUUCUUGAUGUAUAUUGCAGUUGGAGUAAUAUGCGGCAAAGUAUAUACUGCUUAUUGUUUUCUGCUGCUAUAGCAACCAGUGAGAGUCAUUUGGUGUGUGUGUCCAAUUAUGAAUUAGUAAGAUACAUUGAUAGGAAUCUUUAUGACGAUACAGUAUUUUUUGUUUUAAACCGACAAUAACAUAAUGCAGAUAUUCUUGUGAAAGACAUUAUUUCCUCUUUAGA